CUGUUUUCUCGCUUGAUUUACCCGACCCUUCCGUGACCGUUUGCGAGAUAGAAGCACAGGGCAAGAUUGACUUCCCGACGACUUCCUGGCGAUCCCCGGGAUUUGGUCCUGUGCCAUCAUGGGAACUGCUUAACACCCUGGAUCUCUUAGUGCCCGAGUUUUCAAUCCGAGGCUCGAGACCACACCGUGUCUAUUAUCCACAAAAUAUGGGUAUCCUCUCUACUACAAACAUUCCUAAGGAGACUGUCUCGACACUCGAGCCUGUCCCAGUACCGGAAGAUGGGGUUGUUAUGCAAGUCCGGGCAGGAAAGGUCCGCAAAGCCGCUCUAGGAGGCGAAAUCACCUCCGCCAUCUACAAACAGGAACAGGAGGGCCCAAUCUUCUGCAGUGCGACCGGCUUCACUGGGGAUGAGCAUGCCUCCCAUCGGCACGGGGGCACGGAGCGCGCAGUGCAUCAGUACAACCCUGACCACUACGCGGAUUGGCAAGCCGAGAGCACCCCAGAGCCGCAGCUGUACGAGGUCGGGGCCUACGGCGAGAAUCUGGUGACCACCAUCCUCAGUGAAGAAAAUGUGUGCAUAGGGGAUGUGUUCCGGCUCGGCGACGAGGUGCUGCUGGAGGUCAGCGAGCCUCGACACCCGUGUUACAAGCUCAACUCUCGCUUCCAAUGGCAGAGAGCGUUGAACCGCACAAUCCGGACGGGCCGGUCAGGCUGGAACAUGCGCGUCUUACGGACAGGGACGGUGUGCAAAGGCGACUCAAUGUCUUUGAUCCAGCGCCCCUUUCCCCAGUGGUCGGUUCUUAACGUCCAGCGAGUCAUACGAGCAAGAAAUGUCCCGCUGUCUCUGUUGGCAGAAUGCACCCAGCUACCCCUGACAGAUCUGUUCCUGGACCUGGUUAACAGCAGAUUACGGCAAGCCCCCAAAACAUAUACUCUUGUGGACGCUAUGAACGUCACUCCGCGCGUCAGACAGCUCCAAUUCGCGUUGAAGGACUCCCUGGUUCUGGCCCAACCCGAGUUCAAUCCGUACGCUUUCGCGCAAAUCACCUUUGGGCCCGACUCGCGCUAUUCUCGAUCGUACUCCAUCGUCGACGGCGACUUACACAAAUUUAGUCUGGGUGUGGCCUUGGACCGGCACUCACGCGGUGGCUCAGCAUACCUCCACCAUGAGCUCAAAAUCGGUGACGAGAUCGUCAUGGCCCCCGGGUCAAACCCUGGGGCGCAGGAAAGCGACGCAAAAUGUGACCAGGGUUUAGCACGGAUUCUGAUCGUCGGGGGGAUUGGAAUCACUGCCUUUCUCCCCUCUAUCCGUGAGUGGGAGCAGAAAGGCUUGCCGUAUCAUGUUCAUUACGCGGCGCGGAGUCCGGAACAGGCGGCGUUUCUAGAACGACUCCCGGCCGACAAGACUACGCUAUAUGCGAGUUCCAGAAAUCAGCGGCUUGAUAUUGCAAAUGUCAUACCACAGCCCGGGCCGGACAAUACGUAUCAAGCCCGUAUCUUCUCGUGUGGACCAUCACGUAUGAUGCAGGAAUGUGCACGGAUCACCGCUGAACUUGCCUAUCCGGAGCAUAUGGUUCAUUUUGAAGACUUUGGGAGCGGUGAUGGCGGCAAUCUGGGUGAGGCUUUCGAGGUGGAGGUCGACGAGCCGGACACGAACAGGCACGAAACACUGACGGUUCCUGAGAAUAAAACUAUGCUCGAUGUCUUGAACGAUGCAGGAUUUGACAUUGUGUUCUCAUGCAAGUCGGGCGCUUGUGGAGCCUGUAAGGUCAAGGUCUGUGAAGGGAAGGUGGAUUACCGGAGCACGGCGCUUCUUGCCAAGGAAAAGGGGGCUGCGUUGCAGAGUUGCGUAGAUCGUGGUCUUGGAAAGCUCAAGAUAGAGGUCGACUGA